AUGUCUGAGAAAAAAAAAGAUAAAGUGCUCCAUUCGUUGGCUGCUGGAUUAAUUGCCGGUGGAGUGGAAGCAACGAUAACGUAUCCAACAGAAUAUGUGAAAACCCAAUUGCAAUUACAAGAUGGUUCAUCCAAUAAAGCGAAAUUCAAAGGUCCCCUUGACUGUGCAAUCACUACAGUUCGAACAAAAGGGAUUUUCGCGCUUUAUAAAGGUCUCUCAGCCUUAGUGAUAGGAACGGCCGCAAAGGCAGGUGUCCGAUUCUUUACUUACGACCAGCUCAAGGUCCUAUUACAAGAUGAUCAAGGAAAACUUUCCGGACCCAGAUCUAUGAUUGCCGGUUUGGGAGCGGGAAUGGUCGAAGCUAUCCUCGUAGUAACACCAACAGAAACGAUUAAAACAAAGUUAAUUCACGAUGCUACACGACCAGAGCCACAAUAUAAAGGAUUAGUGCAUGGUAUUCGCACUAUAAUAGCAAAUGAAGGUGUGGGAGGAGUAUACCGAGGGUUAUUUCCGGUGAUGAUGAGGCAAGGAGCAAAUCAGGCGGUCAGAUUUUCGACAUAUUCCACCUUGAAGCAAAGAUUUCAAAAAUAUUCUCCCGGUCAGCCAUUACCAUGGUCUGUGACAUUUGCCAUGGGUUCGGUCGCUGGUAUAGUCACAGUAUAUAGUACCAUGCCGUUAGAUGUUGUGAAAACCAAGAUGCAAGGACUACAAGCCAAAGAAUUGUAUAGAAACUCUUUUCAUUGUGGAUGGAAGGUUUUAACCGAAGAAGGAGUUCUUGCAUUCUGGAAAGGAGCAACCCCUAGAUUAGGAAGAUUAUUGGUUAGUGUCACAACAACAAUUCGUGGGCUGGACUUGAUUUAG